UUUGGAACGAAGCAGGAGAGUCAGAAACUGGCGGAUAGAGUCUCCCUUUGGGCCAUUUAACAAGAAGAGAAGCAGAAGAGCAACAAUGGCUGCUUGGGCGAGAGUUGGCCGCACAUUUGCCAGAAGAUAUUCAUCUGCUACUAACGCAGAAACGGACCACGCAGGGAAAGGUGCGCUCCUAUGGAAGAGAAUCACGUACUUCGUGGCAUUCCCGGCGAUUGGUCUGGCUAUGUUUAAUUCCUAUUUGAAUCAUCAGGCUCAUCAUAACGAUCCACGUCCAGAAUUUAUUCCGUACGAACAUAUGAGACGAAGAACUAAGCCUUUCCCAUGGGGAGAUGGUAACCACACUCUGUUCCACAAUCCUAAAAAGAACGCUUUACCUAAUGGUUAUGAGGAAUAGAGUUUAAUAUUGUUUAAUUCAUAAUAGUUAUAUUUGCCACUAGCAUUCUAUGUAAUAUAUAUUCUGCUUUGUAUUUCCUUGCGAACACAGUUGAGUCAAUAAAUUGGUAAGGGAAUACAUCAUAAUA